UACACAUCCUUGUGAGUUUUGCCACAUUGUUGAAAAUAAGAUGUGGUCUGCUUUAUUCAGAAUGAUGGAUAUAAAGUCAUUUGACGUUGGAAUUAUUUUGCGUCCUUUUUUAAUUGCGACGUUAUUUUGUGUAAUUACGGUAUGGAUAAAAUACACUAUACGAAGGCGAAAAUAUAAUGCAUUAUUACCAGGCAGGAAAGUGAGACUGAUUAGCUUUUGUGCUAAUUUAACAGACGUGCGUUAUAAUGAAAUUUCGAGGAAUGGAUAUUCUCUUAAUGUUUUUAUUCUUCAGAUCCUGAGUGCCUAUUCUGAAUUAUUCAGAAACAAAAAACUGUUCUGCUUCUGGAUAUUGUAUUCCCCUUUUGUUAUAUGUGUGAAAGCUGAUGCAGUUGAAGAUUUAAUAUCCGGCACAAAAAUGAUGAAGAAAGGUUGGUUUUACAACUGGCUUCAUCCUUGGUUGGGAACUGGUCUUUUAACCAGAGACUACACUAGGCGUUACCUUCGGAGCUCAACAAAAUAGUGAAUCCCAGUAUGUGAAGUCCGUCUUAAGAGCAUCAGAAAUCACCAUGGAAAGGAUGGUGAAUCCGCAUCACUGGGCUGAAUGGAUGUUUAGAUUUACACAAAAUGGAAAACAGCUGAAAAGCGAUUUAAAGCUCUUACACAGUUUCACAAGAAGAGUGAGAUUAUUAGUAUAUCUUCUUAAAUAUUGUCAUUUAAA